AUGGCCGACGUAGCGUCGCCGAAGGGCGACAGCGAGCUCGUCGUCGCGACGCCCGAAGGGUGUCGGGCGCCACCGGCGACGGAGGCUGGUGGCGUCAACGGCGGAGAGGGGGACAUGGCCGCCACCGCCGUCGCCGCAAACAGAGUUGUCGACGACAAGGUCAGUAUUCACGAGAUCCUCGAGGGGAUGACGAACGAGUUUAACAAGGAUGUGAGCCCGUCGAAGAGUAAUGACAGUGACAAGGUGGAAGCGGACGAGACGGUGACGACGUCGACGAAGGCCGCCGACGAGGCGUCGUCCAAAGGGGAGAGAGAAGUUGACGGUGUCAGCGAGGAGGCUGCCGAAGAUUCGGAGGACGUAAUUACUUUUCAGACCAUGGAGGAGAACUACAACGGCGAGGAGGAGAGUUCAGUUGCGGGUAAACAAGAGGCUAUCAAGAAGGACAACAAGGCCAGAAUCGUCUUGACGUUCAGGACCAUCGACGAGAAUACGGAUCAUGGCAAGAAGACCAAGAUAUCCAGCUGUUCCUCUAAUCUCACUUUAGUUCCCGACGAGUUGGCUUGCAAUAAUAUCGGUGGUGUCCUGGUAAAAAUAGAGAAUUCUGAUGAGAAUUCCGAUGUGGUGGAAGAGUCUCAAGCUGAAGAAUCCCAAGCGGAGGAGUCCCAAGCCGAGGAGUCCCAAGCGGAGGAGUCUCAAGCGGAGAAGUCUCAACCAGAGAAGACUCAAGCAGAGGAGGCAAAGAAGAAGGAAUCUACGAAGGCGUUGGAGUCAAAAAUGAAUGAGGACAAAGUGGAAACUACAGAAGAGAAACACAAUAAUGAUACACAGCUCGCUAGCCAGAAGGAGCCCGAGAUCAUGGAGAAUAAUACCGAAAACAGCAACGAUAAGACGAUAUCGACAGAAGGCACUGCGCAACAAGAAGCUACUGCGCCAGUUACCAGGAAGAGAAGAAUUGGACGACCUAGAUUACGAGCACUUAGUGAUUCGAUGCCUCAGGAUGAGGAACCUCCUGGUCCCAAGCGUUCGGCUAGAAGGCUGUGUAAAGAGUCUGUGAAGAGCACUGUACUGGAAAGCGCUAUGGCACGCAAGGAAAAGUCCAAUUACACGGAGGAGUUCGGGAAGAGGAAGUACAACAAACCGGGUCGACCCAAGAAGAUUGUCCCGGGCAAAGAACAGAUAAAGCAGACCCAAGCAAAGCUCCCCGAUGGCCGCCCGGAUAUGGAAACGUCGCAAAUAGCGUCGUCCGACGGCAAUAGCACGGUUGACAGUACGAUAUUAGAUUCUUCGCGUAACGCUUCUUCGUUAACGGAGAAUAGCGUGAAUGACAGUGUUAUGGAGGACUCGCAGACGUUCUCGUCCGACUUCGAGGGAAUGCCGAAGCUGUCGCCGAUGACGAGGAGCUCGGAAUCGCAUGCCAAACUGGGCAACUCCAUCGGCAGUCCUGGCAGCGACGACAUACCUUUGUCGGAUAUUCAGAAGCCUUUCCUAAAACCUGCCACCCAACCCGCCGUUCGACCCAAGAGGGAGAGGGGACGUCCUCGUGGAAGCACUCAAGCAGCGCGAAAGAUAGCGAAGGCAGAUCUGUACGAAGAUGGUUCUCCAUCCGUUGCAGAAGCGGGAAAAAAUAACGAUUAUCCUGAAGGUAAAGCUUUAGUUUUUAAUGGAUAUAAAAAGACGAGUGAAAGUAUUUUUGAGUGGAAAGUUAGCCAUGGAGAAAUACCGGUCAAACGAACUCGCCGGAGUAUGGUGCCGAGCCCAAGUCCCGCGGAAGGACAGGCGUCAAAACCGGAAUCGACGGCGAUUAUGAGUGAAGUAUACACGCAGUCCAUGCUGUGCCUGUGCCAAGUACGAUCUCAGUUAUACGUUACGAUAACCGGUUCCGGCGGUCCACUCUACUGCACUGCUAUCGACUCGAUUGACAGUCGGGUGGUGGGCUGUUGCAACGAGGUGGAUGCCAACGAUGUGGCGAUGCGGCGGCCGAGCACUCGCGUGCCUUUCAUUAUUCUCUGCCGUAUGCACAAGGAACGGCUGCUGCGACACAACUGCUGUCCGUCCUGCGGCAUGUUCUGCUCGCAGGGUAGGUUUGUCCAGUGUAUCAAUGGCCAUCAGUAUCAUCGCGAAUGUGAGAUAUACCCGAACAAGAAGGGCGUCUGUCCGCACUGCAGUAGCGAGACUGCAGCCUAUGACGUGAUGGUGACGAUGAACGGCAUGAGGCGGCCGGUUUUCAUUCCCACGCGGAAAAAAUUUUCCAAGUUGCCAUCCGCAAAGAUGAGCCUACCCGGUAAGGGUGACAACACAAAGUUGGCCGAGCGUCCGCCCAGUCCGUUGAUUAAGCCGGACGUUAUCAAGAUACCCGAACCGUCGAUUAAUGCCGAGAGGCCAGAACGUUACACCAUCAUGAGUCUCUACACGUCCGUGAAGAAUGGGGAUCUUGAAAAGUUGGUGAAUGUAUUAGCAUGUGGCUACAAUGCAAAUCACACAUUCCGGGAUUACGCUCACCGGACCGGUCUGCACAUAGCGGCAGAUAAAGGCCAUUUGUCGUGUGUACAUGUUCUGGUUCAAGCUGGUGCUCAAGUAGACGUAAUGGAUAGGAACCAAUUAACGCCGCUAAUGCUAGCCGCGAGUAAGGGCAAUGCCGCCGUGGUGAAAUACCUAGUCAGGAUAGGCGCCGAUGUUACGCUGAAGGGCGAGGACGGUAUGACCGCCCUGCACAUGGCUGCUAAAUCCGGUCACCUAGAAGUCUGCAAAAUCAUUCUGACUGAGUGUAAAGUGCCGAGAACAUUAGUAGACUCUGUGGACGACGGCGGGUGGACAAGUCUAAUCUGGGCGUGCGAAUUUUGCCACGCGGAUGUCGCACGGUAUUUAUUGGACAAGAAGUGCGAUCCGCUUAUCCGGGAUGCUGAGCAGAAUAUAGCGCUGCAUUGGAGUGCCUUCAGCGGCAGUUCCGAGAUCACGGAGAUGCUUCUCAACGAGGGAUGCGAUGUGAACGCUGUCAACGUUCACGGUGAUACACCCUUACACAUAGCGGCUAGACAGGAUCAAUACGCAGUUAGUGUUCUGCUGCUGGCACGUGGUGCUAAAAUAGGAGAGGUAAAUGUUGCCGGCGAAACCGCGGUGAAUUGCUGCGUCUCGGAUGGCGAUACCAUGGCUGCCUUGAGAUUGAACGCAAAAGUCAACGAACUCUCCGAACAUAUGUGGGAAAAGACGGUUAAAAUAUUGACGAAUGACAUUUCACGCGGAAAGGAAACAAAUCCUAUACAAUGUGUCAACGGCUACGAUUCGGAGGACAAACCGACGGAUUUUCUUUACGUAACGGAGAAUUGUUUUACGAGCAAUAUCAAUGUGGACCGCACAAUUACAUCGUUGCAGUCUUGUCGAUGUGAGGACAAUUGCAGUUCCGAAAAGUGCUUGUGCGGAAAUAUAAGUUUGCGCUGUUGGUAUGAUGAGGAGGGAAAGCUCAUACCAGAAUUUAAUUAUGCAGAUCCGCCAAUGUUGUUUGAAUGUAAUCCAGCUUGCGACUGUAACCGCAUAACAUGCAACAAUCGAGUGAUUCAACAUGGGCUGACGCAACGGUUUCAAUUGUUUCGCACAAAGGGCAAGGGCUGGGGUCUCCGAACACUCCGACAUAUCCCUAAAGGCACCUAUGUUUGCGAAUAUGUCGGCGAGAUAAUCUCAGAUUCCGAGGCUGACCAUCGCGAAGAUGACUCCUACCUGUUCGAUUUGGACAACAGAGACGGAGAAACGUAUUGUAUAGACGCGAGACGUUACGGGAACAUUGCUCGAUUCAUUAAUCAUUCAUGCGCGCCGAAUUUAUUGCCAGUACGAGUAUUCGUCGAACAUCAGGAUCUGCAUUUUCCAAGGAUAGCGUUCUUCGCUAAUCGCGACAUCGAGGCAGAUGAAGAGCUCGGCUUCGAUUAUGGUGAGAAAUUCUGGAUAAUAAAGUGCAAGUCCUUCACAUGUACCUGCGGUGCGGAAAACUGCCGUUACUCUGAGAAGACUAUACAAGUUACGCUGGAUAACUACCGGAGAAAGAUACAGCAGGAGGAAAUGCUGGCAGCUCAAACCUCGUCGUAACCUUAAUGCGAUUUAGCUUAAUUCUUUAGGUGUUUACGAUCUUUCGCGAACCGGACAUAUGAUGACGAUGAUCAACGACGGCGGCGAUCGUGUCUCUCGUCGAUCAAGUGUUAGUUUUCUGCGUCACUUCGCGCCGCGAAAUUGAUUGCCGCGACGCGCGCGGAAUCGUAAAAGUACAAAUGCAAAACGGUGAUGGGAUGAUAAGCGCUCGAUUAGGUUCUUUCAUCGAUGUUUCCUUACGCUGUAUAUACUAAUCGGCUUUUCGCAGCGGUCACGUUCGGUUGCGUUAUUGUUUUUACCGAACACCCGAACGCGUUGAGGUGAAAUUGACAGCCGGUCUAUCAAGAUUGUUAUUGCUCGUUUUUUGAGUAUUAAUGAAUUUUAAUAGUGAUUUGAUGGAAAAGUAAACUGACUUGAUAGAAUGUGCGUGUUAAGAAAGAGGAAAAUGUAGUGAUAGAUCAAUUUAUCAAAAACAUUUACGAUAGAUAUUUAUGAUUUUUGUUAAGAAUUAAUUUUUCGGAAGCGUCCCAUUUUCCCUUGGCAGACCGGUGGUUAAUGACAUUUGUAUUUUAUAUAAUGGAUCUUCAAUUUUUUUACUUGAAGAGUUUGUGACGAAUGUAGUUAAUACGUUUUGCAAGAUAUCUUUAUCACAUUUCUCUCUUAAUUCUCUUUCGAGUCAAACCUAAGGAAGUUUUAAUGUCGCGUCUCCCGUCCGUAUUUUCUCUCAGGUUUGCUCGUACUUGUUUCCUACUUUUCCCGAUCUUUUCCGCGAGAACGCAACAACUUUACGAGAAAGUGCCACGGCGAUCUUUUCUUUUUUUUUUCCAUUCGCCCCCUUUUUUUUAAACGAGAUAACGAUGCGCAUAAUAUAUGUAUAUGACGAUUAGAUAGUUUUGCAUGUGUGAGGUGCGAAAGUAGUAAAUUGUACGUUGAGAAUAUUGUUACGAUCCUACUCGGAUGAAGUAUGUGAUUGCAGGAAAUAUAGGUAUGUGAAGCUACUAUCGCUUUUCAGUGAAUCGAUGUUGGAAUGAUCGCAGCCGCGUGUUCGUGUGUUCCUUAUUAUAAAGCGUCACGCUAUUUUAUUCCAAUUAAGUCGCUCGUAUCCCGGAGUAAAGCGUUUUAACGUUGGGUUCACUACAAGCGAUGUAAUAUAUAAGCAUACACACCUUUUUGUACAAACGACCGAUUUUUUGUAUAAUAAAAGUUGUAGUCCUUUUUAA